CUCUGUAACCACCAACUGCUAUUAUUCCGGCUGGGACCCAGGACUUCAAGCCAUGUGGCGCGUCUUGUUUCUGCUCAGCAGGCUCGGCGGGCUGCGGAUGGACAGUAAUUUUGAUAGUUUACCUGUGCAAAUUACAGUUCCGGAGAAAAUACGGUCAAUAAUAAAGGAAGGAAUUGAAUCGCAGGCAUCCUACAAAAUUGUAAUUGAAGGGAAACCAUAUACUGUGAAUUUAAUGCAAAAAAACUUUUUACCCCAUAAUUUUAGAGUUUACAUUUAUAGUGGCACAGGAAUUAUGAAACCACUUGACCAAGAUUUUCAGAAUUUCUGCCACUACCAAGGGUAUAUUGAAGGUUAUCCAAAAUCUGUGGUGAUGGUUAGCACAUGUACUGGACUCAGAUUGGGCGUACUACAGUUUGAAAAUGUUAGUUAUGGAAUAGAACCCCUGGAGUCUUCAGUUGGCUUUGAACAUGUAAUUUACCAAGUAAAACAUAAGAAAGCAGAUGUUUCCUUGUAUAAUGAGAAGGAUAUUGAGUCAAGAGAUCUGUCCUUUAAAUUACAAAGCGUAGAGCUGUAUCGUUCCAUCCUGUCAAAUCUAGGAAGUCUGGCAGCCCUCCUUCAUUGUGUCCUGUCUCUAUCCCUUUCAGUUAAAACAGGCAAAAACUGCAGAUGUGAGUGUGAAGGUGCUGUUUGUUACAUGAAUCCACAUGUUGUUCAUUUCAGUGGUGUGAAGAUCUUUCGUAACUGCAGCAUCGAAGACUUUGCACAUUUUAUUUCAAAGCAGAAGUCCCAGUGUCUUCACAAUCAGCCUCGCUUAGAUCCUUUUUUCAAACAGCAAGCAGUGUGUGGUAAUGCAAAGCUGGAAGCAGGAGAGGAGUGUGACUGUGGGACUGAACAGGAUUGUGUCCUUAUUGGAGAAACAUGCUGUGAUAUUGCCACAUGUAGAUUUAAAGCCGGUUCAAACUGUGCUGAAGGACCAUGCUGCGAAAACUGUCUAUUUAUGUCAAAAGAAAGAAUGUGUAGGCCUUCCUUUGAAGAAUGCGACCUCCCUGAAUAUUGCAAUGGAUCAUCUGCAUCAUGCCCAGAAAACCACUAUGUUCAGACUGGGCAUCCGUGUGGACUGAAUCAAUGGAUCUGUAUAGAUGGAGUUUGUAUGAGUGGGGAUAAACAAUGUACAGACACAUUUGGCAAAGAAGUAGAGUUUGGUCCUUCAGAAUGUUAUUCUCACCUUAAUUCAAAGACUGAUGUAUCUGGAAACUGUGGUAUAAGUGAUUCAGGAUACACACAGUGUGAAGCUGAUGGACAUCUCUGUGUUGCUGUGGAAUUUGCCAGUGAUCAUUCAGACAGCCAAAAGAUGUGGAUAAAAGAUGGAACUUCUUGUGGUUCAAAUAAGGUUUGCAGGAAUCAAAGAUGUGUGAGUUCUUCAUACUUGGGUUAUGAUUGUACUACUGACAAAUGCAGUAAUAGAGGUGUAUGCAAUAACAAAAAGCACUGUCACUGUAGUGCUUCAUAUUUACCUCCAGAUUGCUCAGUUCAAUCAGAUCUAUGGCCUGGUGGGAGUAUUGACAGUGGCAAUUUUCCACCUGUAGCUAUACCAGCCAGACUCCCUGAAAGGCGCUACAUUGAGAACAUUUACCAUUCCAAACCAAUGAGAUGGCCAUUUUUCUUAUUCAUUCCUUUCUUUAUUAUUUUCUGUGUACUGAUUGCUAUAAUGGUGAAAGUUCAUUUCCAAAGGAAAAAAUGGAGAACUGAGGACUAUUCAAGCGAUGAGCAACCUGAAAGUGAGAGUGAACCUAAAGGGUAGUCUGGACAACAGAGAUGCCAUGAUAUCACUUCUUCUAGAGUAAUUAUCUGUGAUGGAUGGACACAAAAAAAUGGAAAGAAAAGAAUGUACAUUACCUGGUUUCCUGGGAUUCAAACCUGAAUAUUGUGAUUUUAAUUUGACAAGAAAAUAUGAUAUAUAUGUAUAAUUUCACAGAUAAUUUACUUAUUUAAAAAUGCAUGAUAAUGAGUUUUACAUUACAAAUUUCUGUUUUUUUAAAGUUGUCUCACACUAUUUCUGUUGGUUAGUAGACACUAAUUCUGUCAAUAGGGGCAUGGUAUAAGGAAAUAUCAUAAUAUAAUGAGGUGGUACUAUGAUUAAAAGCCACUGUUAUAUUUCAAAUUGCAAUGGUAUGUGUUAUGUUAUAGUGUGAUGGUCUGAAAUCAAUCACAGACAAUGAUCCUAAAAUUUGGAAAAAUUUUUCACCAUAUGCUGCUGAAAAAAGAUACAUUUUCAAGUAUAUAAACAUUCAAAGUAAAGGAUGAUAUUAUUUCAGUCCUACACAUGCUGAUUCGUUUCACGAGGUCAGCAAAAAUUAGUAACAAAACAUGACAAGGAUUAUUCAGCCUGAAAAAAGAAGGAAAUCUUGUUAUAUGCAGUAACAUGGGUGAAAUUUAAGGGCGUUAUGCUAAGUGUAAUAAGCUAAUCACAAAAAGGCAAAUAUUGCAUGAUUCCAUUUAUAUGAGGUAUCUAAAAUAGUCAAACUAUUUGACUCAAUUAUCUGAUUUAUAAGCAUAUACACACACAAGACACACAGAUUUUAAGAUACUAGAAAUAGAUUUGAAGUUUUUUAAUCUGAUGAAAGGGAUCAACAAAACAUAUAUAUAAUGAAAAUAAUUAAUAUUGAAUUUUCUAGUCUUUCCUCCUAAUAUUGUGAAGAAGUUAAGAAAAUUCACUAUUAACAUUUUUAUAUAUCUUUGUGGAAAUAUUAGUCAGUAAAUAUGGCUACAAAAAAGUAAAAAAUAAACUUUAAAUAGGAAUCUUUAUACAAAGAAAAUCUUAUUAUAAUAUAAACACAGAAAAUCCAAGAUAAUCUAUAGAUAAAAUAUUUUAACUACCAAGUGAAUCUGAAAAAUCCAUUGGGUGUAAAUUUAAUACACAAGUAUCCCAUUUACAUAUAAAAUAAAAAUGUAAACACUAGAAUAUUUAAAAGAAUAUUAUUUACAUUAGCACUAAACAUAUUAAAUCCUUGGAAAUUACCAUUCUAGGAAAACUAUGACACCUAUACAUACAAAAUGACAAAUUACUAUUAAAAGAAAUUAAAGAUAGUGUUAGGCCAUUCUUGCAUUGCUAUAAAGAAAAACCUGAGGCUGGAUUUUUUUUUUUUUUUUGAGAUGGAAUUUCACCCUUGUUGCCUAGGCUGGAGUGCAAUGGCAUGAUCUUGGCUCACUGCAGCCUCUGCCUCCCAGGUUCAAGCGAUUCUCCUGCCUCAGCCUCCUGAUUAGCUGGGAUUACAGGCGCACACCACUACGCCCGAAUAAUUUGUGUAUGUUUAAUAGAGAUGGGGUUUCGCCGUGUUGGCCAGGCUGGUCUUGAACUCCUGACCUCAGGUGAUCCGCCCGCCUUGGCCUCCCAAAGUGCUGGGAUUACAGGCGUGAGCCACCAUGCCCGGCUGAGGCUGGGUAAUUUGUAAGUAAAUCACACUACCUAACUUCAAAAUGUGCAAACACCAUGGUACUGGCAUAAAAGCAGACAUGUAGACCAGUGGAACAGAAUAGAGAGCCAAGAAAUAAAUCUGUGCAUUUACAGCCAACUGAUUUUCGACAAAGGCACCAAGAAUACAUAUGAGGAAAAGUUUCUUCAACAAAUGAUGUUGACAAAACUGGUUACCUAUAUGCAGAAGAAUGAAAUUAGAUCCUAUAUAUCUUAGAUAUAUAGGAUCUAAUAUAUAUAUAAAUUAUCUCAAAAUGAAUCAAAGACUUAAAUAUAAGACCUGAAACUGUAAAAGUAUAGGGGAAGAAAAACAUAGGGGAAAAGCUCCAGGACAUUUAGUCUGGGUAAAGACUUUUUGGAAUAUGACCUCAAAGUACAGACAACAAAUGCAAAAAUAGACAAAUAGAAUUGCACCAUAAUAAAAAGCUUCUGUACAGCAAAUGAGACUCAACAGAGUGAGGUGACAGCUUAAAGAAAAAGAGAAAAGAUUGGCAAACUAUACAUCUGAUAAUAAGUUAAUAUUCAAAAUAUUAACAAACUCAAACACCAAGAAGACAAAUAGCCUGAUUAAACAAUGGACACUAUAAAGGAAUAGACUUUCUCAAAAGAAUACAUACAAAUGGCCAACAGGUAAAUUAAAAA